GGACCACGGCGUCGGUCAGAGUCCAGUCAUACAAUCAUUCUCGCAAUUGAUACUAUCACCGUGCAAAAAUUAAAUUACGUACUCUAUACCUCAACAGUGAAAAUAUUUCUAAACAUUUCCAUUUAUUUUAGUAAGUUUAUACUCAGAAAGGAUCUACCAUAAUUUCAAGUGGUCAGAGUUGGAAGUUUUACAAUGGACGCGCCAGGCUUCACGGAAUUCGCCAAGGCAAUGAUAGAUUACAUCACGGACUAUUUGGAAAACAUAAGAGAUAGGAGGGUACUUCCAACAGUAGAACCGGGAUAUAUAAAACCAUUAUUACCAGAUGAAGCACCUCAAACUCCAGAAAGGUGGGAGGAUGUUAUGGCUGAUAUCGAAAGGGUCAUUAUGCCAGGUGUCACUCACUGGGGUAGUCCAAAAUUCCACGCCUACUUUCCCACAGCUCAAUCUUACCCAGCAAUUGUUGCGGAUAUGUUGAGUGGUGCUAUAGCAUGCAUUGGGUUCACUUGGAUUGCAAGUCCAGCUUGUACUGAAUUAGAAGUCGUAAUGCUAGAUUGGCUAGGCAAAAUGAUUGAUUUGCCAGCAGAAUUUUUGGCUUGCAGUGGUGGAAAAGGUGGUGGUGUAAUUCAGGGAACAGCGAGUGAAGCCACUUUGGUCGCACUCCUUGGUGCUAAAGUGAAAAAGAUUAGACAAGUGAAAGAGGAACAUCCAGACUGGUCGGAUCCGCAAAUCAUUGAUAAAUUAGUCGCCUAUGGGUCCAAUUUGGCACAUAGUUCUGUGGAAAGAGCUGGACUUUUGGGUGGAGUUAAAUUUCGACUAUUGGAAACUGAUUCCAAACAUAGACUCAGGGGUGAAACUUUGCAAGAAGCAAUCCGACAAGAUAAAGAAAAAGGACUCAUUCCCUUUUAUGCAGUUUCGACAUUAGGAACUACAUCUUCUUGCACAUUUGAUCGACUCGAUGAAAUGGGAGUAAUCUGCAACCGAGAAGAAGUUUGGCUCCAUGUUGAUGCUGCAUAUGCUGGUUCAGCUUUCAUUUGUCCCGAAUUUCGUUAUUUGAUGAAAGGCGUAGAGCUGGCAGAUUCCUUCAAUUUCAACCCGCAUAAGUGGAUGCUAGUGAAUUUUGAUUGUUCGCCGAUGUGGCUCAAAGAUCCAACUUACGUUAUCAAUGCUUUCAAUGUCGACCCUUUGUAUCUGAAACACGAUAUGCAAGGUUCUGCUCCAGACUACAGGCAUUGGCAAAUUCCACUGGGUCGUAGAUUCAGAUCCUUGAAACUGUGGUUUGUGUUACGACUCUACGGAGUAGAAAAUUUACAAAAACACAUCAGAAAUCACGUUUCCCAAGCACACGAAUUCGAAUCACUUGUUUCAGCUGAUUCACGUUUCGAAAUCGUCGAGGAUGUGAUUCUUGGACUAGUUUGCUUCAGACUGAAGGGUUCGAACGAUUUAAAUGAGAAUCUACUGAAGAGAAUCAAUGGUUCCGGAAAUAUUCAUCUGGUGCCAUCGAAAAUAAAAGACACCUAUUUUCUGCGAUUAGCCAUUUGCUCAAGAUAUAGUGAAAGUAAAGAUAUUCAAUAUUCUUGGCAAGAAAUUAAACUUCGAGCUAAUGAGAUCCUUGAAGAACAAUCGAUUUCUAAGUGAUGGCGGGCCCGUAUAACUCGCAGUUGCAAGGCCAUCGCUCCUGAUACUUGCAACCAAUCUUAAUAAUUAGACAAAAAAA